ACAUCGACAUUGGGGCAUUCUAUUUCAAUAUGGCACCUCCCGACGAGGUGAAUAUGCCUCGGAUUUGGUGAAAAUAUUCCGCGAUAUCUCGAGACUUAAACCUUGCAUUUGGUUGCUGCCUGCUUCUUCUGAUUGCCAAUAUCUCUCUGGAUCUGUUUGUGGUGUUACUGAAGCUUGGUUGUGGGGCCAAAAUGUCGAAAACAGCCACGUGUGAAAGUGUUCUGGGGCUUCCGGUGCUGAAAAAGGCGGACGUAGAAGAAUUACGGAGUGUAUUUCACAAGUAUGCGACUGUUGAGAAGGAUGGGGAACAUUACAUGACCCCCAGGGAUUUUGUCAUCAAGUACCUGGGUAUAGAGAAAGAGGAUGCUGAUCCAACCACCCUGAACUUGCUGGCAGGAGUGGUAGAUGAAACCAAGGAUGGGUUGAUCUCCUUUGUUGAGUUCCAGGCUUUUGAGUCCCUCCUGUGUUCUCCUGAUGCCCUGUACCUGCUGGCUUUCCAACUCUUCGACAGCAACGGCAAUGGAUUUGUGUCCUAUGAUGAGUUCAAAAGUGUCAUGAGCCAGACCAGGAUCCAUCAGCACAUACCAUUUGACUGGGAGGGGGAGUUUUGCAAGAUGUACUUCGGGUGGGACAAGAAGAAGGACCUCAGCUAUGCAGAGUUCACACAGCUGUUACAGUCACUCGCGUAUGAGCACGCGAGAGUCGCCUUUCGAGUGCGGGACAAGAACAAGAAUGGCUUCAUCACAGCACUGGACUUCAGCGACAUCAUGAUCACUGUCAGAAAACACAUGCUCACCCCUUUUGUAGAGGAGAAUUUAGUUUCCUUGGUUGGAGGGAAGCAGGUCAGUUUUCCUUACUUCACUGGGUUGAACCACCUCCUGUCCAGCAUGGAACUGGUCAAGAAGAUCUACAGACAAGUGGCUGGACACAACCCCAAGGCAGAGAUCACAAGGGAGGAGUUCCUUAUAGCAGCCCAGAAGGUGUCUCAGGUAACCCCACUGGAGGUGGACAUCUUGUUCCACCUGUGUGACCUCAUCAACCCUACCGGUCUUAGUACAGGGAGAAUAACAUAUGAGGCCAUAGAGAGGAUAGCACCGCUAGAAGAGGGAACACUACCUUAUGAGAUGGUCGAGGCACAAAGGAGAAAGGAGGGUCCACAGCAGAAUAGGGGGGUUUUACUCCAAUUUGCAGAAUCAGGAUAUAGGUUCUUAUUGGGUGGAAUAGCUGGAGGUUGUGGAGCCACAGCUGUUUACCCCAUAGAUUUAGUAAAAACCAGGCUGCAGAACCAGAGAAGUGGGUCCUACGUGGGAGAGCUCAUGUACAAGAACAGCUUCGACUGUUUCAGAAAAGUUAUUAGGCACGAAGGCUUCCUGGGCUUGUAUAGUGGCUUGAUACCUCAGCUUAUGGGAGUGGCACCAGAGAAAGCCAUCAAGUUGACAAUGAACGACUUAAUGCGUGACAAAUUCACCACCAAGGAUGGUCAGAUCCCACUGUAUGGAGAGAUCAUAGCUGGUGGGACUGGCGGAAUGUGUCAGGUGAUGUUCACCAACCCCCUGGAGAUUGUGAAGAUCAGGUUACAGGUGGCCGGAGAGAUCCAGUCGGGCCCGAGGGUGUCCGCGCUCAACGUGUGCAGGGAGCUGGGAUUUGCAGGCCUUUAUAAGGGUGCAAGUGCCUGCUUUCUGCGUGACAUCCCGUUUUCCGCGAUCUACUUCCCAGUCUACGCCCACGGCAAAAAGUAUUUAGCCGACGAAGAUGGACAUAACAGUAUUCCCUCACUGCUUAUAGCUGCUACCAUUGCAGGUGCCCCGGCGGCAUCUCUUGUCACACCUGCGGACGUGAUCAAGACGAGACUACAGGUGAAGGAGCGGGAGGGGUUCACCACCUACAAGGGGCUGUUCGACUGUGCCAGGAAGAUCUGGGCUGAGGAGGGGGGGAAAGCCUUCUGGAAGGGUGCUCCCGCCCGUAUGUUCAGGUCCUGCCCCCAGUUUGGUGUGACCCUCAUGGUGUACGAGGUCUUACAGAGAACGUUCUACAUCGACUUUGGUGGAAGGCGACCUGAAGGGUCAGAGGUCAAGAAGGCACCCAGCAUCAUGGAUCUUCCUCCACCAAAUCCUGACCACAUUGGCGGCUACCGUCUGGCAGUGGCUACGUUUGCUGGCAUCGAGAGAAAGUUUGGUCUAGCUCUUCCCAAGUUCACCCCUUCGGAAAUUAUUCAGGCUCAAGUUAAAAAGGAGGUUGGCGCUCAAGCAAGCUGAGAAGCUACCAACAGGCAACAUGCACCUAGGCAAAGAAGUAGCAAUAUCAAGUGACCUUUGACCUCUCCUAUCCCACAAUGCAGCACAGUACCACAAAAGCACUGCAUUAUGGGAAUUGGUCACAUGACCAUUUUUUUAUAGCUGUUUGAUUCACUGUCAUGGAAUAUGUUUACAUAAUUUUUGUUGUCAUUGUGAAUGAUCAGCCAUGUUUCUUUCUACAGAAUAGUACAUGUAUAUCACAUAGACAAAAAAAUGGUUUUGUUUUAGAUUUUUUGCUGGAACAUUUGAAGUUCAGUUUCAUUCAGUCAGAAAAUUAGAUUUUUUCCCAAUUAACUGGAUUUAGUUUGUCAAUAUUAGGCAAAAUGCAUAUUUCUGGGAAAUGUUAUUGUUAUUUGCCAUGACAAAUACUAGUAUAAAAAUGCAAACAAUUCAGGAAAGCAAGAUGAAAACGGAAACUUGACUGUAGGAAAAGGCUAUUUGUAAUGAUUAAAGAUAAUAUAUGACUGGAGUGAAAUGUUGUAUUAUUUACAUGUAGCAUCUAUCUGUGACAAAGGGAUCUUCCUAAUACGGGCGUUUCCACCACUUGACACUCGUCUGGUUAAAGCUCCAGUAAAGAGGUGAAGGGAAAAUAAUUCACUUUCUACCCAAUUGUGCCAUAUAAAUGGCAAUUUUAUUCAACUCUUGAUGAAUAGCCUUUCAUCAUGCUAAUGCCCUGGAAGAAAUGUUGUGUUCCUGCUCACCAAACCAACCCGAUCAAAAAUCUGCCCCACAUUUGCUUUCUUUCUUUUUUCGAUUAACUGUUAAUAAGGGACUUAAAUUUUCAGGUUGACAUUUGAGAGAUGAAAACGUAUUCUUGUCAUAUCUGAUUCAGUAGACAAUCGUGCUGAGACAAGGUAUAACUGUAUAAUUUGAGUAUGAUGUUGAAAAUACCAUUGUCCUGAGUUUGAUAUUUGUUAAAAGAUAUUUGUUGGAUAACUAAAAUUUUGAAGAAAAAACCUACCAACUUAGUGACAUCAAAAAUACCCAGCUUUUAAGCAUGAGAUAGAAGGGUCACAGGUUCAAUUCAUGUCUGUUGGAAAGGAACUUUUACACUUUACUCUUCACCAAGAUUGGUACCUGACUUCCAUUGGAAAGGUAAAAGGCAGCGGAAGGAAAGGGAAGGGAUGGGCUCUGCCCUCCAAUAUGUACCAUUCACAACCCACUGGCCCUAUGGUGAAAGGAAAGGUCACAAUUUUUCCACCAACUUCUGCUUGGAAAGUUCUAUGGCCUCAAAAAAAAAAGGCUAUGAUACUCCCUAUGUUUACCAACAGACACCAACUUUUUUUAGAACAGUGAUCAGGAACACAACAUUAACUUUCCAAGGCCUAAACAAAUCCAGGGCUGUGAAAGACAUAUCCAUAUUUCUCAAAUAUGUAAGUUGAGGUUCAAGUUAACAUAAUCAUAGGGGCACAUGUAUAGAGUAUAAAGUUUUUUGAAGGGUUGUUAUUGUAUGACUUUCUCAAUGCCCGUGUUGAAUAAUAAGUACAAACGAGGAUGCAGUGAUUUUCAGUAUUGUAUAUUGUUAUAUACAACAUGGCAAAGUUUGACUGAUACAAUGAUAGAAGUGUUGAAGACGAAUACCAGGUCUUAAAAUGUAUAGAUGAAAAAAUAUGAAAAAUAAAAGUAUAAAAUCAUACUGAU